UACCUCUCUCUACCACCGAUUUCUCGCCGGGGAUAAGUUUUUAGAAUAGAACAGGCUGGUUUGGAGAUUGUCUGUUCAAAUAAUCGGCUACACCGCCAUCACUGAGAGACGGAUCAGCAACAUCAUCACUGCAAGAAACAUCAACCGAACUAGAGUGAGAGUCCGAUCCACUAAGCUGAACAUUAAAGGCUGUCAUACUAUAUCUGGGGUAGCUUUUUUUUGGUACCAGUAAUCUAUACGUUUCUAGCUCGUAAAUUUAGGCUAAACUCCUGUGACUAGCUAUUUAACUAGUGUGUUCAGCUAACCAAUAAAGUUAGCUAGCAACCUAUCAAAAUGUCUAAAUGUUUAGCUAAAUAAAAGAUCGAAAACUGGUACGAACAAUUAAGAUGACAAGAUGGAAAAUGGUUGUUGAUAUUAUGUUCAGUUAAUGUACAGACAGCAAAGUUUCUUUGUAGAUACAGAAAUGCACACAGUAAACUGGGUGACCGCCAAAAUGUCACAUAAAAUUAUCAAAGUUAACAUCGAUGGAUGAUCGUCUCCGUUCGUAUGAACGCGCUGUUUGUAUGUACGGAGUCCGAGAAUAUUUAUACUUUUGUUACGUUUAUGCGCAAAUCAAAGAUACAUUUUUGCAAGAAAUAAAACGAAAAAAUAUGUCCUCGGGAAAAGAACACAUUUUUUCUAUUUCUCCAACACCUCUUGGCUGGGUGGGCCAGCCCCGCCCACUGGCCCACCCUGGCCCCCCCGUGAAGCCGGGCCCGGCUCUUACUCAUUUCAUCAGCAGCUACACCCAGGAAUGUGCCUGUAGAGCUAUAGCGGCCCUUUGACUGGCUGGCAGUGGGAUAGGUAGGCUAUGUGCUUCUGUAAAAGACUUACAUGUUAGUUAAACUUGUGCAUGCACACGGAAAACAUCAAAGCUUUCAUUAUUACAGAAGCAGACUUCUGAUUCAGGCAACACAAGAUUUAUACAACUGCUGCUAUAAUAUCGUUAUAGCUUGAUAUGGCAAACAGAGAUUCUUUUGCAUGCAUGACUCCCAUAUCACAACACACAUCACAAGCGAUCCCAACAGCACAUGUGCAAAGUUUCAGACAGCGUCUUCACCUUCCUGCAAAGAACAAUGACUUGUCAGCCUACCCACUUUCCCAUGCAUUAUCUACUGAACCCUGGGCUAGAAGUCAGAGGCAGACUGACUGCAGGGAGACGGAUCCGAUCUCCCCCACUCUUGAUAUAUCUCUGGAGAAUCUAAAUCAGCUGAUUCUAGAGCUGGACCCUACAUUCGAACCGAUCUGUGGUCCUUCAGCGAUCAGAGGGAGUCCUGACAGCAGCCCCUGUACAGCUAUAGACACAUCACCUGAGGAAGACCUUCCUGUCCAGGAUAAGUGGUGUUCUUCUCAGACACAAAACAUCUCACCUUCAGUCUCCGCACACUCUAGUAGUGUGCCCAUUCCUCUGUCCUCAGGAACAAGCUGCUCCCCCAAUUCUUCCUUGAUUUUCUCUGGCUCACAUCCUUUAUCACAGCAUCUCCUAUCCAGCAGAAGUAAGGUUCCCCUAUCUGCCUCUUGGGAAGCGUCAUCUCCUUCCGGUUCCCUGCAUUUGCUGAGCCGCUGUCGUGGCAGUGGCUCCUCAUUGCUCUCCUGUUCUCCCAAGUCAGACACCAGCUAUAUUCUUGGCAGCUGCCAUUCUCUGCUCAGCGAUGAUGCUGAUUUCCCAGAUUGCAGUACUUUUGAUUCCCCAAUACUUUACAAUGAUGUCAUCAGCUCCUGCCCUCAAUCACCAAGGCGAACCAAACCAUCCUUCUCUGAACACAAACUUGACAAGUCUGCACAGAUUCUGCACACAACACCUCAUCACAGUCACAGAGUAAUCUGCACCUCCAACCCAAACAGUUGCUCAUCUUCUGUGGCUGGAUCUGUGUCAGACAUCCCUGUGGUUCUGAUUAAUGGAGCCCCUGAGACUAAGGAUGAAGCCAGACAUCCUCAGAAGGAGCACCCAGUCUGCAUCCUGGAAAGCCAGAAUUUGGAGAAAAUAUCUUCGGAUGGUUCCACCCUGUCUCCACAUGUCCAACUGCAAAGAAACCAGCCCUCCAUAAAAUCUGUGAUGGAUAAAUCACAGUUCUGGUUCCGCCCACACAUCACCCGAGAGGAGGCGGAUUUCCUCCUGCAAGAUCAGGAACCGGGCUCCUUUGUAAUACGGAACAGUACCUCUUUUCAAGGUUCCUUUGGACUCGCCUUGAAAGUUCAUGAGAAAUAUUCAAACCUCCAAUCUACCUGCCAGUUGGGUGACGGCAUCCAUAGUACAUCUCUAGUGAGACAUUACCUUAUUGAAUCAUCUGCUAAAGGUGUUUGUAUUAAGGGGUCCACUGAAGAGCCAUAUUUUGGUAGCCUGUCUGUUCUGAUCUACCAGCAUGUUAUUACUCCUUAUGCACUGCCCUGCAGACUGCGCAUCCCCACACAAGAUUUCAGGACCAGAGAGAAUAAUAACAGCAAGGAAAAAUCAGGAACAGGGUCAUCAAAACAGUCUGCAUAUAAUUUCCUGUACCUGAGAACGGUGGGCACAGAGAUGCUGACAGGACCCUGUGCCCUCCAGAAAGCAGUAUCUGCCAUUUUUCAGCAAGAAAACAUACCUACACCAACAAUCGUCAAUCUGAUGGUGUCACCUAAAGGCAUCACCCUAACGGACAUUCAGAGGAAGGUCUUCUUUAGACAAUAUUACCCUGGCCAUCUACUGAGUUAUUGUGGGGAAGAUCCUGACAACAGAACUUGGCCAAAGGACUGCAAAUCAGCAAUAAUGUUUGGCUUUGUAUCGAAAGGCAACGAGUCAAAUGCUGAGAACAUGUGUCAUAUAUUUGCUCCAUGUGACCCCCUGCAAUCUUCAAGCUCAGCUGUUGAGUUGAUACGGGGCAUCAUCACUUCUGGUAUCAAGUAACAUCAUUCUAACAUGAUAUAGCAAAAAUGGAAAUCAGGCUAAAUCUGCAUGCUAAGUUAUUUUUGAUGCGAUAUCCAGGAUUAGAUGAUAUUACACAAAUGAUAAAAAUGAAAAAAUAUUAAUCAUAUUUAGUUGGACUGCCUUUAGUUUUCAUUACGAUUUGCUUGUGUCAAUGAGCUUAUGCAGCAUCUCAACAUUUAUUUUUUUCUAUAUUUGCAUUAAUUUUAUGCCAAUAUCGUGUAUAAAGUUGAACCACUCCAUAAAGUCUUCUCCAGAAUAUCCCAAAUUAUUUCAAUGGGGUCAAGGUGAGGACUCUGUGGUGGCCACUUUGUGUGUUAAAAUGAUUCCUCAUGCUUCCUGAACCACUCUUUCACAAUUUGAGCCUGAUGAGUAUUGGCAUUGUCAUCCUGGAAUGUGCUCGUGCCGCCAGGGAAGAGAAAAUACAUCGAUGGGAUAACCUGCUCCUUCAGGUACUCAGCUGACUUCAUUUUAUUGCUGCAUAAUGUUGCUGAGCCUAGAUCAGGCCAACAGAAGCAACUCCAUAUUGUAACACUGCCUCCAGAGGCUUGUACUUCAUGUUGCAUUAUGCAUGAAGGGUCCUUCCCUUCAUGUGAUUCCCUUCCCUUUCCUGGAAGUCUUUUUUCCAAUUAGCCUCACAAAAAAGUGUUUUUCUUGUGGUCACACAGCUGUUUAGUCCCAAUCUUGGAAGUUUUCAUUGUGCAUGGAAGUGCUCUUUCUUUCACUAUUACUGUACAUGUAGCCAUGAGUUCUACUGCUGUUUUUUUAAACGAUUUGACUUUACUAAGAGUUUUAGUGAUCUCCAGUCAUAAUCAUUCUUAUCAAGGAAUCUUUUUUUUAGACCACAUUUUUUCCGCAAAGUUGACGGUUCAUCACCAUCGUUUCAGGAUUUUAAAAGGGUUGGAUAGUUCUUAACCCAUUUACAAUAUUUUAACCAAUCUCCUUAGUUGUUUUCUUUGCUUGAUGCAGGCUGAUAAUUUGCCCCUUCUUAAAUGUACAUGGGACCAUGGGAUACGUUUUCAGACAUGGUUGUUUAAUAAAUGAGAAGUUACACACUGGGCCAGUUGAAGUUAAAGGAACUAUUGCCAACUGAAACCUAUUAUUUACUGCAAUAAUAAUGCAAUCAUAAAAUAUUUGCUUAUAUAAAAAUUCAAAUGGUGACCUUUUUUUUGAUGAGGCAGUGUACAACAUGUAAUAUGAGAUGUAGAUAAAAAAAAUUGUGAUGUUAAAAUAUUAAACAAAAGUAUUUUAAACAACAACACAAAACCAAUUUUUAAAUGAUUCUGCAUGGGAUUCUGAUUGUUCAAUCACAUAAAUCACAAUGGGUUUCAGUGUUCUGGUGUAAUGUGUCUUCAUAAAGGUAUA